AUGAAAUCAUCACAAAUUGCUCUAAUCUGCAUCGUCAUAUUUUCCCUCUUCGCUCUGCAUGAGGGUGCACGGAGCGACCUCUACAUACCAUCUUGUGUCAAACAGAGUUGCGACGGUUUCAUCUUUAAUAAGGAUUGUUGGUGCUGCUUCGAGCCUAAAGUUCACAAGAAUGCAUGCUGGAAAGCCGAUCAUCCCAACGCCAAAGAAAUUUGCUUCCAAGAAUGUUCGAGGAAGAUUUGA